AUGAGCGACGUAGUGGGUCCGGGCGAGCUCCAGCUGUCGGUGGUCGAUGGCAAGACGCCGCAGCUUUCGGAGGAAGACUCGGAAAGUCCGGAAGAGGCACGUCAAGCCGCACCGGCCGAACUGGAGCCUGCCACCGAUGCGACUGUGCCUUUGCCGGAGACGAAAGAGAACAAGUGGAAGCUCGCGUUCCGACAGCUCAUGUUCAUGAAGCGCAUGAACAUGCAGUUCAACGACCGAACUAAGAACGAGAUCGAGCUUCGACAGCAGAACAUCUCGCCGACGUCGCUGAUCUGCAGUCUGCCAUACUUCAAUUCGUUCUCGGCCGAUGAGAUCAAAGCUCUCGUUACGGCAAGCUGCCGUGUGAGCUUGCGCCCGGGUGAAAUGUUGUCGCUGAGUCUCGUGAGCCCUUCGGUGCAGCAAGAGGGAGACUUUUGCAUCGUCAUUAGCGGGCGUUUGGCGUUGGCAAAGGCCUCAGUCCCCAGUGCAAUGGCGCUACAGCAAGCUGAACUCUAUCCGCAGCUGCGACUGGGCAUUGGCGAUUACUUUUCCAUUCAAGCUGCAUCAGACAUGAAGGUGAUUGCGAUGGAGCUGGCAGAGUAUCUGACAAUACCAAUGAAGGUGCGCCAUGGAUGCCAUUCCCGAUGGUAUAAAGAUCGUUUGAUAACUUACUGCAUUGCACGUUGUGUUCCCUAG